GGGUACAGAGGUCGGUACGACGAAUCACAGCUGAAAAGGGCAAUGGAACAAAACAAAAUGCCACAAUUACCGGCAUCCAAAGCCCAGGCCCAACCCAGGUAGGGAACUGCAUAAUCUAGAGAAGAGAGGGAAAACCGCCUACAGGCAUCAUCUAGCUAGCACCUUGCUGUAAUGCUUUACCGCCCAAGCCGCCCCCUCUAAACAAAAAAAAAAUUAAACCCACUUGCAGGCGAGGAAAAAAAAAAUAGAGGGCCAGUUAGUCUUGCUCCGUAGCACUCGGCGAAACGGGGGGCCACCUAUUUCACGAUUUUUAGCACUUGUUCAGGUAUAUGAGUAUAGGUACUUUGCAGUAAGGGCCGUCCUCGAGAUUUGGCUGGAUUCCGUGCCUGCAAGAUGAUACCCGCCCUCUCAGUCCCGUUUGCUAAGCACUGCUUGUCGUUCCUUGGCUCUGAUCCCCGCCCAAAAGCGAGAUGGCAUUCAGGAGACUCGUUAAAACGCCCCUCAUCCACCUAGCAGUGGUAGUAGGUAGUAGGAGGAUCUAUUAGCAUCCACAUGCUGUGUAAGGAAUAGAGGGAUGGAUGGAUAUUCAAGGGUUUCAAAGGAGAAGAAAAAAGAAGAGUAACAUUGGCAGUGACGCCGAGCCGUGGCUCAGACAGCCCCAACAAAAGUAAGACCUCAACGGUAUGCCGCAACGUUAGGGAGCCGAGGAUAGAAAAAAAAAAUCACAAUCAUAUCAUAUCCGCCAUUGCCGUAAAGACUGCGCAGUCGGAGUGCAGGCAAUCAACAGCUUUCUCGUCCACUUUUCCAUCUCUUGGGCACGACAAGGCUGGGAUGAGGGGCACACAGUAUGCACCACUUUGCCGUUUCAACUCGUCAGGCGUUCCUUGUGUGUCAUUGCAGGCGCAGAGCAGCAACGCUCGUAAGUACGAGUACGUAAUUCCAGGCUCCAAUAAAAAAGAGAGAAUAAAAACUUGGAAAUGCGUCAAGCGCUGCCGCUAACACUCCAAAAGAUUAAAGAAAGGAAAAAAGAAAAUAGGAAAAAAAAGGGACUUAAAAAAGAGAGAGACUAAGAAGAAAAAAAGAUGGGGAGUGCACAUUAGCCCGGCUCGGAUGAAAGGGGUGGGGUGGAGUAAGAAAGAAGGAAAGAGACAGAAGAGACAGAAGAGACAGAAGAGGGGUGGCUGCUAAAAGGGGACCGAUGGGCAGGAUGUGGGGAGCAGAAAACAGAAGAGGCCCAUGCCCUUGGAAGAGCGCAAAGGCGAGAGAAAAAAGCAGGAGAAAACUGGAGAUUUUUGGCCAGUCAGCAGGCGCCCCUCCUGAGUACAGCCUUCCAGAAUGCAGCCGACCCCACUCCGGCCCACUCGCCGACGCAUGUGCGACAGGGGUCCGCUAGCGGCUGUGUUAGCGGCUCUGCUCGCCUGCUGGGGUUUUUUGGGUUUUUGGCGUGACGACGAGGCCUGUGUUGGUACAUGUCACCGAACGCAUGCUUGCACGCACAAAGGAGCAUCAAGGCUCAACCUUGGUAGUGGUGCUCAACCGGCUGGAUUAGAGCGUGUGGCGUUGUCUGCUGCCCUGCACGGACAACGACAUUGCUGGUUACAAGGUACCUACCUGCCUUGUAGCACCGUAGCUCCUGGCCCCCUCCCGCAUUGUCACCACAGCUUCCGAGUGAUCAGUCUUCCUUACAUGUCAUACGCACUUAUUGCAAACGGAGGCAUCUCGUUUGUGGCAUUAAUGCUUGUUAUGCUAAAGUCUGCGUGGCGUGAGCCAGAGGAGCUGCUAAGCUCCUUCGUGCUAAUCAGGCACUUGUGUGCUCUCUUCUAUGUACAUGUAUUUGCCCUCCAAUAUCCCAUUCCCAGUCUUGAGGGUAUUUUCCCUUGGUUCCAAAAAUUCAUCGCUAUCCCAGGAUCCAUCCAAUAGUACACAUGCUUGGUUUGCUCAUCUAGAGCUUCCGCUAAAAAUACAACAAGUGAAAAUCGUAGAAAUCCGUAUCUGUGUAGAUUCCCACAUAUAUCCCUUCCGUGAGUUGGCUCCCGCUAACAAAAAGAAAAAAAAAAAAGAAAACAAAGCUAUUGCUCUUCCAAAACCUGUAUCAAACCGUGGGUUGUCCAUUAUUGAUCAUAAAUCUCGUAUCGUAGUAUGCUUAGCCUCAUAUGCAUUUAAUUAUCGUCAUCUUCUUCCUCUUCGUCUUCCUCUUCCUCUUCAUCGUCUUCGUCAUCAGACUUUGGAGGUUCCCAAGUCUCUUCCAGCUUCAAGCCCUUGCCGGUAGGCUCUUGAUGCUUGAAGGAAGAUCCAAGGAGAGAUGAUACCGUAGAGCGAUAGUUGUUCAGGUGCGGGUCAUCUUCGUAUUUGCCAGGUGUAUCAUAGAGUCCCAUUCCAAUGAGGAUUUCUCCCUCUUCUUCAGAAUCAUCCAAGGUUUGAAUAGCUGCCUCGGGGACAUCCGCUUGGGGCUGUUGUGCGGAAGGGAGGAAAGAAUCAGGUGUAGGUGGAGAGGUCUCGCUGAAGCCUUGGUAGAUGUAGCUGUUCCAGUUCAGGGCAUUGGUAGGGGACCUCUCGUUGAUAGCGCCGUUGAAAAACUGAUUAUCAGCCAGAGUGUGAUAGUAUGGAGCCGACUGGUUCGCUGUCUGCUGCCACUCAUCAGCCGAGGCGGUGGCCAUGACCUCUGUAGAUUGGUAGGGCAGCGGCAGCGGAGAAAAGUUUGAUGAUGGCGAGGUGCUGUUUGAGUAAGAUGCCAUUGGAGGGGAUGGCUGGAAGGCGGUAUGGUACCCCUGUUGCAUGGCCGGGUAUUCAUAAAACGUCUGCUGUGGAAGGUAUUCAACCUGAGGUGUUUGCAGGUGAGUUGAUGGAUGCCAGCUGACAGGCCGUGAUUGCCUUCUUGGCACAAACGAUUCGGUGUUUUGUGUUGACGAAAUGUAUUCCAGGACUUGCUGUUGUCUUCUCGCUGCCUGAGAAUCGUUGAUGAUCGUGCGCCUUCUUGAAUUGGCGGCGGACGAUCGUGGGCUGGUGCUGGUGCUUGAAGGCUUGACAACUCGGAGAGACGAGCCCGCAGAUGCUCGGGAUAGCCUCUGGGUGACUUGUGAUAGAGCCAUUUGAGUGUUGUGUGUGUUGUCGUAGAAUCUGUCGUAUGGAUAUGAGUGGAAAGGCUCAGCAGCCAACGCUCCCCCAUAGGAUGAGUGCAACAUGUUGACGUGGUUGGAUUGCUGGUUGGGUGUGUUGAAGACAAGACUGC